AUGCAGCUCUUUUCCACCCUCCUCCUCCUCGUUCCGGCCCUCGCCUCGCCCGUCGCCCGGCGCCAAGAGGAGGCGACCUGCAGCCAGAAGUCGGCCAAGGUCCCCGAGUGGACGCUCACCGGCUUCGACUACCACGCCAGCUACACCUUCACCACGCCGGCCCACCAGAACUCGUGGGGCUACAUCAGCUUCAACGUCUCGAACCCCGUCCUCGACUACGACGUUGCCUGCAGCGCCGCCAGCAGCCAGCUCAGUGACUUCUUCUACGGCGACCAGGUCUACACCUGCAGCCCGCCCGUGGGCCAGAGCGCCGCGACCUCCUUCACUUGGAGCUACCCCGAGCGCGCCCUCACGCUGAACCAGUCCUGGACUUGCAACGAUGACCCCAGCUAUCCCACUCGCUUCACCGCAAGGGGAGACGCCGUUGCCGAUCUCCAGUGCGAGGAGACCUCUUGGGAGAACAGCAACUGGACCUUGGGGCAGGUCUACUCCCAGCGCAACAUCAACUGCGGCAUUAUUACGCUGCCGACCCCGGUCAAGGCCAUCUCGGCCACCGCCUAG